CACAGCUUUAGAGGUGGUAACAGUGCGUGUGUAAAGUUGCAGUGCCAGAGUUCGUAAGACAUGAGUUCGGUUCAAGAAGAGAAGCUUCCAGAAGGAACUCAGAAGACCCACGUCCGUGAGCUUCGCAACACAGAGUUGGUAUCGCGACUAUUGGCUGCAACACCACCAUAUCUCUACAGUGCUUUACCCUUGCAACCUCAUGCUUUCUUCUUCAGUGAAAUGCUUAGAUCCUUUGUCAACGCUCGCCAAGGUUGUCGACCACCGCACUAUCACCGCCGUUUUAAGCGCAGAUCUCAUAAAUACUUUGCUGAAAACGAAAACGACUGGAGACGAGAUUGGGCAAAACAGGAGGAAGAAAAGAAAGAAGAAACAAGACCAGAAGUUCCCCUAGAACUAACCGUGGAUAAGCAACCCAGGGUUUGUGAUCCGUUGCCUAGAAGACUUUCACCUAAACCUGAGCCGCCAAAGUCGAAUGAGAGUCCUGGACCGCCAGGACGUCAAUCAUCAUUCGUCGAUGUGGGUACAGAAGAGCUACCAAAACCAUCUCCAUGCAUCCCAAGAAAUAUCGAACAAACUGUCCCCCAACCUAACCUGAUCCUACCACCUCCCCCUCCCAUGUGGUAUCCACCAAUUUAUAACCCCCAAUUCGGCGUAGAUCCUCUUAAUUUUUUCAUUGAUUUACGCGUGUCAGGACAUAUAUAUGAUAGAAAGAGAGCUGUAGAAGAUCCUAGUGCUUCUGAAACCCGAGCAGAGGAGCCCCUAGAAAAACGAUUGGGCAAGGAUUUUGGGCAAAGACCUAGACAUUUAUCGGCUUUUUCUGUACCGGUGCGCGGUGCAAAUGCUGAGGAGUAUUUUGAGAGGAACAGUGAGUUCAAUAAAACUGGCGCUUCAUACGUUAUGAAGAAUUUAAAACGCGUCUAUGAUGGCCUGCAUAAUCACGAACGUAGAGAAGUUAAUGUUUGUAAAAGUGACGAAAAAAACUUGGAUGUUGACGAUGAACAAACAUUAACAGAUUAA